AUGAGCGCCUUAGGGGCGGGCGACCAUGUUUUCUUCCGCCACCCAGAGCACUCUUGGGUGUACGGCGUUAUAGAGCGCAUUGCAAAGGAAGGUAUUGUCUGCGUCACAAUGGAUCAAGCAAGGAAGGAUGUCACUCCAAAUGAAACCGUUAUCGUCAAGAGACCUGAGGAUGUUGAGCUGUUGCAGGCUGACGCCCUGAAUGAUACCCCUGAUGACUUGCUUAGUCUGACUGUUCUUCACGAGGCGACACUACUCAGGUGCCUCUACAUUCGUUACAUGUCGGAUUUGGUUUACACGAAUAUUGGUGCCAUUGUGGUGGCCUUGAAUCCCUUUACCUUUUCUAUUCCACGGUACCAGGAUGGUGAAAUGAAAAAAUACCUCUCUGCUGGACGUGAUUUGACCAGCGCCACGUUGCCUUCGAAUUUGGUGCCGCACUCAUGGACUCAAGCACAUGUCACGUACUAUGAAAUGGUGGACAGUGCGAGUAACCAGUGCAUUAUUGUUUCUGGUGAAUCUGGGGCGGGAAAAACUGAGGCAACAAAGAUAGUGUUGCAAUACCUAGGCAUCGUCUCAUCGUUGUCUGGGAGUGGAGAGGAACGAAAAACUGCACUAAGUGUUGGCGAAAGAUUAGUUGCUUGCUCACCUGUAUUAGAGUGUUUUGGCAAUGCAAAAACAGUUCGUAACGACAAUAGUUCGCGUUUUGGAAAAUUUAUGAAGGUGAAGUUCAACGCUAAUCACCUUGUUGUUGGCGCUGAAACAGUUAAAUAUCUUUUGGAAAAAAGCCGUAUAGUCUCUGCCGCAAAAGGAGAGCGUGUGUACCACUCAUUUUACCUUCUGGCUCGUUCUCGAAAGAGUAUGGCACGAACACUUGGUCUUGAGAAUGAGAAUCGGUACGUGUCGCUCUGCUCUGGAGAAACGGCCAACAGCACGGAGUACAGUUCAGAAAAUGACUUUGAUGAUGUUUGUCGUGCGAUGCAAAAAGUGGGAAUGAAAGAGGCGGAGAUCACAUCGGUCUGGCGUGUACCUGCCGCCGUUAUGACAUUACUUAAUGUUCGUUUCCUCCCAGGAGAGGAUAGCUGCUCCAUUGACCCAGGAACGAUGAAUUACCUCAAGAAGGCUGUUCAACUUCUUGAUAUUAACGAGAGUGAACUGAUUCAUGAGUUUCUCACGAGCACCCGCGUUCUUCCCGGUAAUCAGUUCGCAGUGAAACCGAAUGACAUUGUUACAGCUGUGGAUGUUCGUGACGCUAUGUGCAAACACUUGUACGAUGGUGUGUUUGGGUGGCUUGUAGAUCGAUGCAACGAUUUAUGUAAUGUGGAGAGUGAUGGCAAUUGGAUUGGUCUUUUAGAUAUCUUUGGGUUUGAAGACUUUGAGGUGAAUUCCUUCGAGCAACUUUGCAUCAACUUGACGAACGAGCACCUCCAGUACCACUACAACUUGCACAUAUUUAAGCGAGAUAUGGACGAAUGCAGGAAGGAAGGUGUGGACAUGACGGAAGUUGUUUUCCCGGAUAAUACAGGAUGCUUGAAGAUGCUUACCGCACAAGGUGGUAUUUUCCCUCUACUUGAUGAGUGUUGCUGGCUCGGUGGGGGUACAGAUCUUGGAUUUUUGGAAAAGGUGGCCAUGACGCAUGAGAGCAAUCCGUUUUUCAAAAAGGAACGUGUAUCGCGCGACACGUUUUGCGUUCGGCAUUAUGCAGGGGAUGUUACAUACAAUGUGGUAGGUUGGAUUGAGAAGAACCGUAACACACUCAAGGAUACAAUCAAAACUAUUGUGCGGGGGAGCGGCGAUAGCAUUAUUGCACGCUGCCUUCCAGCACCUAUUCCACUUUCGGAGCGGAGCAAGGGAGGGAAGGAGUUCACUGUUAGUGGAUUUUUUCGCAAUCAGUUAACAGCCCUCAUUGACCUUAUCAACAGCACCAACCCGCACUGGAUUCGAUGCAUCAAACCGCACCCUAUGAAAAAACCAAGGAUGUUCCACGGUAGGCAAACCAUGAAUCAGCUGGAGUCAAGUGGUGUUCUGGGCACAGUGAAGAUACGGAAAGCGGGGUAUCCGGUACGUAUUCCCAGGGAUGCCUUUUGUCGCAGGUAUCGGAUGUGCACCUCCUUAACAGGUGCUGUUGAAAAGACAAUUAUCGAGGAUGUGCUCAAAGGAGCCAAAGUGCAGGUGCCGGCACAGGUUCAGAUUGGCCAUACAAAAGUCUUUCUUAAAGCGGAGGCCCACAACGCUCUUGAAAGGUUCAGGAACCAGUACUUGAUCGAGACAUCUAUGACGUUGCAACGGAUUGGCCGGGGAUGCUUGGAACGGCAUAAACUUUUUGUUGCACUUGUUAUGCUGCAUAAAGCUGAACUCCUUCGUAGGAAGUGGAUGAAGACGCUAGAAGAUAUGUAUGCCAACGAGGCGCAAUUGCGGCAGUCACGUGAACGUGAGGAAGAAGACUCGUGGGUAUCUCUGGUGCAACUGGAGGAAGAACGAAGACAGUACCGAGCCGCCAUCGAGACAGCGGAGCGUGAACGCAAGCGAGCCGAGAAGGAGAAGCGUAAGCGGGAAGAAGAGGAGGAGCACCGACGCCUCGAGGAGGAGCGACGAUUGAUGGAGUUGCGCAAUAGGGCAGCUAUUUGCAUUCAACGUCAUGUGAGAGGUGAAUUGGUGCGAAUCAAGGUGUAUCGACAAUUGUUGGAGGAGCAACGUGCUGCAUUAGAGUACGAGCGUGAACUGGCAUGCGAGAAAGAGCGAAGAGAAGCGAGGGCCAUCGACACUGAGCGGAUGGCAGAUGAACGGUCAUGGACGCAGUGGCUCAACUCGGUUGACCACAUCAAGUGGAACAAGCAACAGGAUGAAGAGCGUCUGCUGAAGAAGACGCUCCAGAGGGCGCGCAUUUUAUUUCGUGAGUUGGUGCGAAAGGAGGAUAUGCUGCGCCUGAGGAUUGAAGUGGAGGAAAGUGACGCACGGUUCGUUUUGGUUGCACGCUGUCAGUCGCUCGCCGCACACCUCAUGAAGAGUGAAGCAGAGCGGCGGCGACGAGUGGAAAAGCUCCAAGCAAAGCGUACAGAGAUUUUGCGUCCACAGCCAGCAGGGAUUCGCGCACGGGCCGAGAGAAGCACGGCUUCUGACGCACGUAUUCAAAAAUCCCUAACGGAAUAUGCGCUGUCCCGCGCCCGCCUUCACGAUGAGAUGCCUGAGUGGCGACGCGUUGCGCCCACGCCGGGUCGUCCGUUGCCCAAGCCCGGAAAGGAGGAUUCCAUCUUUCGUCAGGUGCGGGAAAGUUGGCUGCGACAGCAGCAGUGGGUAAAUGACGGGGGUGUGGCACAGACAACAGACCACAUCCCAGGGCCGUGUGUGGCUUAUAAUGAUGAUGACAGCCAGCUCAACGGACCACAUCGCACGAUCGAGGCAUCACUGAAAUCUAUUUCACCGCUGCUGCAGUUUCCGAUGCAGUCCACGCAUCUCACUCUGAGCGGCCACGAUAGUGUGAACACGGCCGAACCCUCAUGGGUGCCGCGUGAAGCUGAUGCGAAGAAGAACAAGAGGAUGAUUGAUUGGGAUAAAGUUUUUAGAUCGUAG